UCUCACACUUUGCUGUACCUACAGAAUGAGACUCCCCUUCAUGCAGCAGCAAAGAAAGGACACCCUGAGUGUGUCAGAGUACUGCUGAGGGCUGGAGCCAACACUGUUAAUAGGAACAGUGAUAAUAAGACAGCAGAAGAGCUUGCAGUACAAGAGGAUGUGCAGCAGGUGCUCCAGUUGUUUAAAGCUCUCCAACCUAAAGUGGUUGAUGGCUUGCUCACUAUCGACCUUAGUGCCAAAGGACUGACCUCUGUGCCAGCCGAGGUGUUUGACAACAGAGACGUCGAAUGUCUUGACCUGUCUAACAACAGGCUGAAGAGCAUACCUGAGGAAAUAGGGCAACUACAGAAGCUUCAGAGGCUUGAACUUUACAGCAACCUGCUGACACAACUUCCCCAGGCAAUCACCACUCUACAUAACCUACAGGUCAUUCUCUUAUCACACAACAAGUUGGAGACAUUGCCUGAUGGAUUCUCCAGGUUAGAACAACUUCAUGGUCUCAACAUCCAGAAUAAUAUAUUCAAAAAGAUACCAGAGGAAGUCUGUUCACUUCUUCAACUUGGCUACUUGGGCCUGGGAGGCAACCCCCUCAAGUGCCUCCCUGACAAGAUAUCUCAGCUCACAGGACUGACGAGGCUUGAUAUCAUGGAUUGUCAGUUUGAUGAGUUCCCCAGACAGGUGCUGCAGCUGAAGGGUCUAAAGGAGCUAUACAUGGGGAAGUGGGCUGGGGAGGGCAAACCUUCACUUGUACCUGAAGACAUUGGCAGACUGAAGAACCUUGAAAAUUUACACAUGGAGAAUAGUGACUUAGAGUCAUUACCGGAAGGUGUUAGGGAACUGGUGCAGCUGAAGUACUUAAACAUCUCUGACAACAGAUUCACAUCAGUUCCUGAACAAAUCAUGAACCUACCCAACAUUACAGAGCUCUUGUUGUCAAAUAACAGGAUUUCCCGCCUUCCCCUGAAACUGGGCCAUAUGACCCAAAUUGUGAGAUUGGAGAUUGUAAGAAAUCCCCUGACAUAUCCCCCUCCUGAUGUCUGUGAGAAAGGCACAGCCGCCAUCAUGGACUUCCUCAGAAGAAAGCUGGGGGAAAAGGAAGGAAGAGAAUUUGGAAAACUAUUCUUCUGUUUCUCACAAAACGUGACACAAAGAGUUGAGGUGGAGGCUCUGGCCACAGUAGCUGGACUUACAGCAAGUGAAAGAACCAGUAUCCUGGGUAAAGACAAGACAAAUCCGAGUUACCAGGCCAAUAAUGUGCUGUUGAAGUGGAUGGAGAAAGACCAUGAAGCGUCCAUGGACAAGCUUCAGCAGGAGCUGAGUGACAUCGGCAUGGGCCAACUGGCACAGGAGGCAGGUCGGAUCAAGGUAGAGCGACUCAAGCGGCCGGCAGAUACAUCAGGCGGGCCACCAGCCAAGCGCCCGGCAGCCGGAGGGUCUUCUGGUGAGGGGCUUCAGGAGGAGCAGCAGACCAAGGAGAAGAUCAGACAGGCAGAACAGAAACUUGUACAGAUGCAGCGUCACAGUGAGACACAGGAGGCCAUGUCAACCCCGCAACAGACCAAGGAGAAGAUCAGACAGGCAGAACAGAAACUUGUACAGAUGCAGCAUCACAGUGAGACACAGGAGGCCAUGGUCCACAGUCUCCGUGCAGAGGUAACCAGGCUUAGGGACAAGGAGGAGCAGGCACAGAAGGUCCUGCUGGACCACAAGCUGGAAAUACAACAACUACAGGAAGCUAAUGUUGCCAUGGCAACAAGAGUAGACGACCUUCUACAAGACAAUGAGAAACUCAGAAGUCAGGUUGUGCUUCUUGGAGGCGAACAUGCUGAUGAACAGACAACGCAGGUGUUGGAACAGACCAUCCUGAUGUUCACAGAAAACUUCCUGGAGAAGUACAGGCAGAGCAAACCGAGUCUUGAAGGUGGGGAAGAGGCAGAACAGCAGAAAUCCAGGCAGAGCAAACCACCCCUGAAGGAGAGCGAGCUGGCUACUGCAGCAGAAAGCCAUCUGCUGACGAAGCUGAGCUGCAGACUGGGUUCAGACUGGCGGCGGCUGGGAGCUGGCCUGGGGAUCCCACAGCCGCGACUGGACAGCAUACAGGCACAGUACAACAGCGCCAUCCAGCGGGCCUGCAGGGUACUGCAGGUCUGGAUGUGGGGAGGGCGCCACGGACUGCCUCACGACCUCAAGCAGCUGGAGACUGUCUUAAAGGACAUGGACAGGCCUGAUCUCUUAGAUAUUGUGAAGACUGCCUUCAAGGACUACAUAGAGGAGAUGCCGGAAGUGGAGGUUGAACCUGAUGCUUCUGUAGAUGAGCAGGGAGUCACAACAUGGUCUGUACAACUGCCCGGCCGGGGGAAGUUCCUGUGCAAACACACCGACCUGGGGGUCGUUACCCCCUGCCCCGUCCAGCUGACCUACAGGACAGUGAACCCGUCUGAACACUGGCCAGAGAGCGAGGACUGGGAGCUGAUUGGUCCACUCUUCCACAUCCAGUGUAACCAUGGUGACGAUGUACCUGUGGAGCUCCUCCUGCCGCACAUCCUGGACCUGUCACAGGAGGACGGCAGUGCUCUAUCCCCGGAUGACGUCAGAGCUGCGCAUGUUGUGGCAGGAAACACGACACUUCAUCCUGCAGACGUCACCCCCACUCACUUCCUCACCAGGCAUCAGAACGGGAGUCUUUGGGCUUCUAUGCUGCAGAAACUCCAAGCCUUGACCAUGAACAGGAGGGGCCUGUUCACUCUCUUCAAAACGUCUCAGACCCCCCAUGGUGUGGAUGUAAAGGCUCACAUUGUGUCUAACACCAAGGGGAUGGUAGAGACCUUGCAGGAAGAUUUGUCAAAGUUACACCCGAGGUUCUACCAUUGGGACUCCCUCCCCUGCUCCUUCCGGCCUCACCGUAUCUACUGUCUGCAGGCUUCUGUGGAGAAUGGGACCUUAGCUCACGCUGAACCACAGCCCCCUGGAGGUUUAGAGUAUGAAGACACCCUGGACUGUGACAGGAUCUACCCGUCGUUCCACAUGACUGUCCAGAGAUCGAACCCUGGCACCGAACACCUGCAGCACCUUCAGCACCUGCAGAUGACCCUGCAGCUGUAUCCACAGGCUGAAUCCAGCAACGUCAUCUGCAGCUGUACAAGAUACCUGGAUGAUGGGGCAGCAAUUGAGCAAAGAAGACCUGAUGAUGUGAGCCAACACUUCUUCUUCAUCAAAGAGAAGGUCAGCGUUCACUGGAGAGACCUGGCUCACUUCCUAGACUUUACUAGAUCAGACAUUGACACCAUUCAGUACAAGCAAGCCAACCGUGAUGCCAAGGACUGCUGCAUGGACAUGUUGGAGCAGUGGCGGACACGGAGAGGCAACGCCGCCACCUUACAGGUUCUUCUGCAGGCUCUGACUGAGGCAGGGCUACAGGACACUGUGGAUCAGCUUAACAAUAUGUAGAUAACGUUACAUAAUGUAACCUUCGGCCGGCUUUACAUGUGCAGUAGAGGAUUGGAUCCGAUCAGACGAUUGGACACACCAGAAGCUAGAUCUAAGGACUUAUAGAAGCUAGUAACUAAUUUUUACCAGAUUGAAGACUAAUAAUUGGUGUAAAAUGCCUUUCCAGGAUUGAUGUGUGCCCCUUAUGCCUGAACAAUGUAUCAUUGGUUCAUAUGUUUAAUAUGGAAUAUUAUCUGUUCACAUGCAAUAUUCAUUUCUAUUACAAUGAUAUGCUCAGUAGUAAUUGUUAAAUACAUCAUACAGAUGAUGCUUGUCAUGAAAAGUGUAAAAUCAACUUCAUCAUUUAUAAGUCCAGAGAAGUGACUUUAUACCAAAGUGACCUUUGACAAACACAAUAUGAUGUCUAAAAAUUUAUUCUAUAGGGGCUACAUGACAAAGGGUGAAUGGUAAUAUCUGUGAAAACUGUGGCAUCAGAUUGUAUAUUACUAAGAAACAAGGUCAAAAAUUUUAAUCUACUGUAGCACCUGAUGUAAAUAUUUUGUUGUAAGUGCAAGAAUGAAUUUUGAUAACUGGAGUAUUUUAAUGAAGCAUAAUAACUGGAGUAUUUUAA